GAUUCCUCAUUCCUUUUGCAACCACGGUCAUGUUCUGAGUUUUUUUAAAUAAAUUUUGUUUGUUUUUUUAUUUCAUAGAAAAAUAAAGUGAGAAAAUGGACGCUAAAGUGAUUUGUGUUGUGUUAUCCUUCGCCAUCCUGGCGACCGCAGGACCCGUGGUUGACGACACCAAAGGGCAUAUAGAUAACUCGGUACACACCGGAGAAUCGACUGUGGAGGAAUCUCUAAUGAAAAAACUAAACUCGAAAUGUCUGAAUCGCGACAUAAGUUCAUGCAUGAUGUUAAAACUUGUAACUUAUUUCAACCGCAUGAUGAAGAAACAAUCAAUCGAGUUCGGAGACGUUGAAAUCACCCAAACAUCUACUGAAACCAUCACAGCGGAUACUUCCAGAUCCCUCAACACUGAAAACAUGUCGGAGGAAGCUUUACUCAGUGAAGUUAUUGCUGAUAAAAUCUAUGGUUUCUUGAGGACUAGGUCACUAAAAUGGAAGGUUUUGGAUGGUGCCGACGUUGUAAUAUCCGGCAAAAGCGAGAAAGACGGUGGUUUAAACGUCGGUCUUUCCAUCCAUCCAAGUAAAUCCUCCGAAGGCGAUGCCCGUAAAAAGAAAGAGAACGGCAUGGGCGCAAUUAUCGCUGCUGCUGUUAUGAAAAUCGGUCUUUUGAAAGCGCUAGCUUUCAAAGCUUUAGUUCUUCUGGUCGGCAAAGCUCUCCUUGUGAGCAAACUCGCAUUGGUGCUUGCUGCAAUCAUCGGCUUGAAAAAGCUCCUCCAUCAUGAAAAACAUGUAACGUAUGAAGUUGUGGCUCAUCCUCAUCACGAACAUCACGAACAUCACACCAGUGGAGGAGGACACGAUUCGUAUGGAGGAUGGGGAAGAAACUUUGAUGCACAGAAUUUGGCUUACAAAGCACAAAUUCCACAGAAUCCAUCGGAAGCCACAUUCAGUGUCCGCAACAACAUCAUGUGCAAGCUUCUGGUGUUGCUCUUGGCCGCUGUGGCGGUUUCAGCGACUAAUGCCGAAACGGCGGACAUUGGCCAUGGGAUGCAGAUCCUGGGCAAAAUCGUCAGACAAUACCUUAACUCCCAACCGGAGGAUGUUAAGAUUAGCGAUGGUGUGCAUCUGGUCAGUGUAAGGAGCGAAAACGACGCAAGGGCUAACACCGACGACAAAACUGUUCUUGGAGCCGUUGAAAAUUACCUACAGAACCAUGAACUCAGGAUCAGACUGCCUGAACUCAUGCCAGGAGAAGGAUUCGGAAGGGCCUUCAAGGACGCCUUGGACAACAUCGAAGGCAACGACGCAGGAUCUCCCCGUGGAGGCGGUGGUGGCGGCGGCGGCGGUGGUGGCGGCAAAAAAGGCGGCGGUAUGGGUGGCAUCCUCAUCAUGGGUUUGAUGAUGGGAAAAAUGAUGGCUGCUAUCGGACUUGGUGGUGUCGGUCUUUUGGCAAUGAAAGCUUUGAUGGUGUCCGCAUUGGCCUUGAUGUUGUCCAUUAUUAUCGGUUUGAAGAAGUUGGUACAUUCAGGACAUGAUGAAGGUGGUCACACUGUCAUCCAUGCCACACAUGGCGGCCAUGGUCAUGAAUAUAGGAAGAAGAGAGAAGCAGCCGACAUGGCCUACAGAGCCUGGAAUAAUGCUUACAAUUCCAGCUAAAGUGGAAGUGCUCUUUUGACUAUUUAUUCAGUUUGAGUGAAUCGAUUGGUGACCGAUGGAUCUCGGAGUUGCUCUUGAUUUUACUUUCCUUUAGUAUUUUCUUCUAGUACUUACUUUUCUGUUUCUGUAAAGGAGUAACUUUGGGGUAGCUAAGAUUUACAUUAUUUGUAAGUCUUGAGUCACCAGAUUUACAAGUUUUACCGCUCAGUGCUAUUUAUUUAAUUUAUGUUUUGUUAAUUAUCGGUCGAAUAAAGACCUGAAUCGUAA